GUCCAGCAUUGCCCGGCGCCCCGCCUGCGCGCUCCCUCCGGUUCUCCUUCGCCGGCCCUGGGCGCGGGGUUGGGGGUGCACUGAGACCUCGGUCCGCCGGAAUCCCACACGCCGUCCCCAAUUGCCACCCCCAAAGCCGACAGACCCGCACCCCUUUAAAACCUCUUCAAUGUCCAAGACGCCGCCACAGUGUGCCCGGCUCCUCGGGGAUGCCGCAGGGCUCAGUGCAUCCAUUUCCAUGUGGGAACCGAGAGCCUUCUCUAGCCACGCGAACAAUCUACUUUGGGAAGUGAAGAAUGGAAUCCUUGGGAAGGAGAUGAGAAAAAUGAGCAACAACACAGAUUUAAAACUAGUCUCCAAAUAUUAAAUAAGUCCAUGAAAGGGAAAACAGACUUCCGAGUACAAAUCUGGGGCAAAGCUGCCAUUGGUUUGUAUCUCUGGGAGCAUAUUUUUGAAGGCAUACUUGAUCCUACUGAUGUGACUGCUCAAUGGAGAGAAGGAAAUUCAAUUGUAGGAAGAACACAUUACAGCUUCAUCACUGGUCCAGCUGUAGUCCCAGGGUACUUCUCAGUUGAUGUGAAUAAUGUGGUACUCGUUUUAAAUGGAAGAGAAAAAGCAAAGGUCUUUUAUGCCACCCAGUGGUUACUUUAUGUACAAAAUUUAGUACAAACUCAAAAACUCCAGCAUGUUGCUGUUGUUUUGCUUGGAAAUGAACAUUGUAACAAUGAAUGGAUCAACCAAUUCCUCAAAAGAAAUGGAGGCUUUGUGGAGCUGCUUUUCAUCAUAUAUGACAGCCCCUGGAUUAAUGACAUGGAUGUUUUUCAGUGGCCUUUAGGAGUAGCAACGUACAGGAAUUUCCCUGUGGUGGAGGCAAGUUGGUCAAUGCUGUAUAAUGAAAGGCCCUACUUAUGUAAUUUCCUAGGAACUAUUUAUGAAAAUUCAUCCAGACAAGCACUCAUGAACAUUUUGAAACAAGGUGGAAUUGAUAAGCUCUGUUGGGUCUCAGUAAGAGAACAGUGGCAGCCUCAGGAAACAAAUGAAAGCCUUAAGAAUUAUCAAGAAGCUUUGCUCCAGAGCGACCUCACAUUGUGCCCAGUAGGAGUAAACACGGAAUGUUAUAGAAUAUAUGAGGCUUGCUCCUAUGGCUCCGUUCCUGUGGUGGAAGAUGUCAUGACAGCUGGCAGCUGUGGAAAUACAUCUGUUUCCCAGAAUGCUCCUCUGCAGUUACUCAAGUCCAUGGGCGCUCCCUUUAUCUUUAUUAAGAACUGGAAGGAACUUCCUGCUGUUCUAGAAAAAGAGAAAACUAUGACUUUACAAGAAAAAAUUCAAAGAAGAAAAAUGUUACUUCACUGGUAUCAACACUUCAAAACAGAGCUAAAAACAAAAUUUACUAAUAUUUUAGAAAGUUCAUUUUUAAUAAAUAAUAAAGGUUAACUAUUAAUUAUC